AUGGCCCAGAAUUAUGCCGCCUCGAAGAAGCGGCGUCGCGAGCCAUUCAACGUCGACACCAAGUUGGUCGAGAUAUAUGAGGAUCUCGCCAGCGAGAAGGACGAGAUUCGGUUGAAGUCCGCACAGGCUCUGGUGUCGCAGUUCACUCCCGACAAGAACCCGACCGAUGAGCAGAUCCGAAAGGCCUUGCAGAGGCUCUUCCGCGGUCUCUGUAGUAGCCGCAAAGCUGCCCGGAUUGGCUUUUCGAUCGCCUUGACCGAGAUCCUCACGCAGGUCCUUGGAUCCCCCCGAGAUUCGUCGGAAAUCACGGUGUCGAAGGUCAUGUCCAUCUGGGAGUCGCAAUCGAGCUCCUCGGGUAGUGAGUCGGGUCAGGAACAACGAGACCACCAUUUCGGACGUCUCUUUGGAGCGGAAGCUAUCAUCAAGUCUUCCAUUCUGUUCAAGUCUGAGGCACCGUUCAGUGAGUGGACUAAACUCUUGGACCUGGUCUAUGACCUGUCCAAGAAGAAGCCAUGGAUCAGGGAAGAGUGCGGCUGGAUCGUCUAUCGCUGUAUCUAUGAGCUUUCGACCCAGAAGGCGGACGCCAAGUUCGUGGAAUCUGCGUUGGAACAGUUGUGCUCGAACGACCUGGCAAAGACGCCUGAGGGUGUUUCCAUCUGGCUGGCAGCCAAGGAACUGUUCCCGACUGCCAGCUUCCCCAGUAAAGUGUGGAAGCAUGAUGACCCGUUGGACGCGCGGGAGAGGAACAGUCUUGCCAAGGUCAUGAGGGACUCUUCGUCCUCCGAAACCGAGAACGACGACAAUGCCAACGCCACUAAAUCCUCUGGAGUCUGGAACUCCAAGCUUCACUUUGCCUGGGAGGCUGUGAUCUCUAGAUUCAGCGCUGCUCCUGUGAAGGAGAAGUCUAAAAGCAAGAGCUCUGGCUCGUCCCGUUUGAGCUUCAUUGAUUUCUGGACUGAAGUUGUUGACAACGGACUCUUCGCUGCUGCUUCCUCGGAAGAACGCAAGUAUUGGGGUUUCCUUCUUUUCAACAAGGUCCUCAACGAGGCCCCCUUGCACCUGGCUUCUCAGAUCUUCACCAAGAAUCUUGUCAGAUGCCUCAUGAACCAGCUCGCCGUCGACGACCGCUAUCUUCACAAGAUGGCCGCCAAAUCGGCAAAGACCAUCCAGACCCGCGUGGCGAAAGAGCCCGAGUUCGCCGGCGCCUCCGUCAUCGGCUUGAUGGGCACAGCCGGAUCCGUCAACUUCGACCAAGUGACCAAGACGAAAACUGUGGAGAAGAUCGUGUCCGAGGCCAACUUGGACGCACUCAAGCAGAUCGUGCCCCUUUUCUCCAAGCUGGUUGCCAGCCCCGGAACGGAUGACAGCAAGACGGCCGCCUCUACUCGCCAGAUCCUGGCCGGACUGCUCCUGGCCAUCGUGAGGUCUCAAGCCUCGACGAGCGGGGAUUCUCAUGAUGAAGCCGAGUCUUUGCUGGAGCAUAUCCUGUUCACUUUUGUUCAGUUUGCCUACUUCACCGAGGGCGAGGAGAAGAAGGCUGCCGCGCAGCCAGCCCUCACGCAACAAACGCAGGAGCUGUUCCGGAGCAGGAUCACGUCCUGCCUCAACAGCCUGAUCGCCUCGCAGAAACACGCAGCUACCCUGCCCUACGCCGUGGUUCGCAAAAUCCGCGAUGCAGUCAAGUCUGGGGAAUACGGCAAGUUCAUUAUCAACAUGGAUGACACGCUAAACGAAUCGGUAAAGACCUCAUUCAAGUCUCUGAAGAAACUCUCAAACACGGAGAAGCACAAGAACGCCGCUGGCGUCGACGCCUUCAAACUGCUCUACUCCAUGACCAUCCUGCAGGUCUACAACGGCGACGCCGAUGCCGUAUCCAUGCUCGACGAGCUCGACUUCUGCUACACCAAGAUCUUCGGCGACAAGAAGUCCAAGAAGGAAGAGGCGUCGGAUGCAUCGGACGCGCUGGUGGAAAUUCUGCUAAGUUUCGCGUCCAAGCUCUCGCAGCUGUUCCGUCGCAUGAGCGAGCAGGUAUUCAAUGCUUUCGCGAACCAGGUCACUGAGAAUGGUCUGGAGUCUUUGAUCUCUAUCCUCGAAGCGAAGGAAAGUCUUGCCGGUCAGCAGGAGAUGUUCGACCAGCAAGACGACGACGAAGAAGGCGACGAGGAGAUGAUGGACGUGGACGGCUCAGAUGACGAGAUGGACAGCGACGUAGAAGUCGUCGACGCCGAGGGCUCCGACAACGAAGACGGUUCCGAAUCCGAAUCCGAAGACAACGGCGCCGGCGACGAGGAUGACGCAGAGACCGUCGCCUUCGAAGCCAAGCUAGCCGAAGCGCUAGGCACACACCGCGGCGACCAAGACCUCGACGCCGAGUCCUCCGAUUCGGACGCCGACAUGAACGACGACGAAAUGGAGCAGGUCGACGACGCACUGGUCAAAGUGUUCAAGGCGCGCCGGGACGCCCUGGGCCAGAAGAAGGACAAGAAGGACGCGCGCGAGAACAUGGUCAACUUCAAGAACCGCGUGCUCGACCUCCUGGAGAUCUACGUUAAGAAAUGCCACUCGAGCAUCCUGGCGCUGGAUCUCAUUCUGCCAUUGCUCCGUCUGACCCGUCGGUCGACCGUUAAGCAGGUGUCGAACAAGGCGAACGCCGUGCUGCGUGAAUACACCAAGCUGUGCAAGGGUUCGUCGCUGCCCGCUAUUGAGGAGACCGAGCCUGUUUGGGAGCUGCUGAAGUCGAUCCAUACUGAGGCGACGCGGAGUGGACCCCCUGCGCAUGCGUCUGGUUGCAGCCAGGCCAGUCUGUUGGUGGUCAAGGUGCUCGUGGCGCAGGAUAAGGAGGCGGUGGCAGGCGUGGUGGAUGUGUAUGCUGCUACGCGCAAGCAACAGCUUCUGAGCAAGAAGUGCCAUGUUCAGCCGUCGUUGUUUACGGACUGGAAUAACUGGUGUGUUUCGGCCAGCAAGCAGAUGAAGAACUAG